AUGCGCGCGUGGAAGAAAAAGCCGCAACAAGUGUUGAAACAAGUCCUCAGCGCUCAAAUCUUGUUAUUCUACCUCGCACCGGUCAUUUUGGCAAGUCCUCUGCAGCCCCAUCUACCGACAUUGUUCAACUCAGUCACAUUGAAUCCUCCCACUCUUUCAAUCAUCAAUACUACUUUUCUCGAUGAUAACCCCUGCUUAUAUCCCAGCCCGGUCCGCCUCCCAACAACCUACCACGAUUGCGCAGCUGCCGCCAUGCAGAUAACGAAAGGGUCAGUCAUGGAACAUUAUACCUUCGGUCGCGGUAGACAUGCAACCUACAAGCUUCCAAAGACCUUCCACAGUGGCACAUGUGUCGUCAACCUAGACAUGGUUUACGACGACCAGGAAGACACAAUGACCCUCCUAGAGAUUCAGGGGGCGGCUUUUGCUCUAGCGAUUCAGUGUACGGCUGGCGCAGUUUUUAAUCUGGGUGGAAUUGAGGCCGUGGGCCCGAAGAAACAACUGUAUGUUACGAUUGUUGGCGUAAUGGCCCAAAGCACAUCUUGA